AAUGCUUUCGGGGGAAGGACAACAGUUUCAUCAACCCAUUUCCUGAAAGUUUGUAAACUUGUUUCCCUCUCACUCUGAUCUAGUUCUCUAUCAGAUAUAGUAGCAACUUACUUCUCUGAGGUGCUUGUCGUAAAAUAUAGCAGCUUUACUAUUGCUGUGAAUAACAUGGCUGAGGAAAAUCCUGCGGAUGGAAAUGUAAUCAAGGAGCAGGGAACGACAGCAUCGAACGGCCACUCAGCAGUAGUGGAGGACUCUCAAAACAACCCCCAAGAUACAAGCAAGAGCAAGGAGGAUGGCACCAAAACAGUGCCAUAUUACAAGCUUUUCUCCUUUGCUGAUUCCUUAGAUUACCUGUUAAUGUCUAUUGGUACAAUCAGCGCUAUUGGAAAUGGGGUCUGUAUGCCUCUAAUGACCAUAAUCUUUGGAGAUGUGAUCAACUCCUUUGGAGGAAGUGGGAAUAAUAAAGACGUGGUUGAUGCAGUUUCCAAGGUGGCUCUAAAGUUUGUCUACUUGGCGGUGGGAGCUGCUGCAGCUGCAUUCCUACAGAUGUCUUGCUGGAUGGUCACUGGAGAGAGACAGGCUUCUCGAAUAAGAAGUUUAUACUUGAAAACAAUAUUGAGGCAGGAUUACAACAACUCCUUAAUUAAAGCUUACAACUCUGGUGUGCAAGAGGGUUUGGCAUCUGGGUUCGGAAUGGGUUCGGUUAUGCUGAUUAUGAUGUGUAGUUAUUCUCUGGCUAUAUGGUUUGGAGGAAAGAUGAUACUAGAAAAAGGAUAUACAGGAGGGGAAGUCAUUAAUGUAAUUUUCGCUGUGUUGACUGGCUCCAUGUCUCUAGGGCAGGCAUCUCCGUGCUUGAGUGCAUUUGCUGCUGGACAAGCUGCAGCUUAUAAGAUGUUUGAGACAAUUGACAGAAAGCCUGAGAUUGAUGCUUCUGACACUAAUGGGCAACAAUUACAUGAUAUCCAUGGAGACAUAGAACUGAGAGAUGUUUAUUUUAGUUAUCCUGCAAGACCGGAUGAACAAAUAUUCGAUGGAUUUUCUCUCUCAAUACCUAGUGGUGCAACUGCUGCUUUGGUUGGAGAGAGUGGAAGUGGUAAAUCAACUGUAAUCAGUUUGAUUGAGAGAUUUUAUGACCCCCUAGCUGGCGAAGUUCUUAUUGAUGGUAUUAAUCUCAAAGAGUUCCAGCUGAAAUGGAUCAGACAGAAAAUAGGCCUUGUCAGCCAGGAACCCGUUUUAUUUACUUGUAGCAUUAAAGAUAAUAUUGCCUAUGGGAAGGAUGGUGCAACCACUGAAGAAAUAAGGGCUGCGGCUGAGCUUGCCAAUGCUGCUAAAUUCAUAGACAAACUGCCCCAGGGACUAGACACAAUGGUUGGUGAGCAUGGAACUCAGCUAUCUGGGGGCCAAAAGCAGAGAGUUGCAAUAGCUAGAGCAAUUCUCAAAGACCCAAGGAUUUUACUUUUAGAUGAAGCCACAAGUGCUCUUGAUGCAGAAUCUGAGAGAAUUGUGCAGGAGGCACUGGACAGAAUUAUGAUCAACCGGACUACUGUCGUUGUAGCCCACCGCUUGAGCACAGUAAGGAAUGCUGACACCAUUGCUGUUAUACAUCGAGGAACAAUUGUUGAAAAGGGGCCACAUUCUGAGCUAAUUAAGGACCCUGAAGGAGCAUAUAGCCAGCUUAUAAGGUUGCAAGAAAUGAGCAGCGUGUCAGAACAGACUGCUGUAAAUGAUCACGAAAGGCUUAGCAGCAUGGAUUCUCGAAGACAUUCAAGUAAAAGAUUCUCAAACUUACGAUCCAUAAGUCGUGGAUCAUCUGGAAGAGGAAAUAGUAACCGUCAUUCCUUCUCAAUCUCAUACGGUGUGCCCAUUGCAGUCGAUUCUCUUGAAACAGCAUCUGCAGGACGUGAUAUUCCAGGUUCAGCAUCAUCAAGGGUGCCUCCAGAAGUCUCACUUCGCCGCCUGGCUUACCUGAACAAGCCAGAGAUCCCAGUAUUAUUACUAGGUACUAUAGCUGCAGCAGUCAAUGGGGUAAUCUUACCUAUUUUUGCGAUAUUGAUAUCCAGUGUAAUCAAGACCUUCUACGAGCCACCUCCUCAACUCCGUAAGGAUUCGAAGUUUUGGGCAUUAAUCUUCAUUGUUCUUGGGGUGGUGACUUUCAUAGCAAUGCCAGCAAGACAAUACUUUUUUGCUGUGGCAGGGUGUAAGUUAAUAAAACGAGUUCGGUCAAUGUGCUAUGAGAAGGUGGUUUACAUGGAAGUAAGUUGGUUUGACGAUCCUGAGCACUCAAGCGGUGCAAUUGGUGCGAGGCUUUCUGCAGAUGCAGCUUCUCUGCGUGGGGUGGUUGGAGAUGCUCUAGGGUUGCUGGUUGAGAAUUCAGCAACUGCAAUUGCUGGUUUGUGUAUUGCUUUUGUGGCAAAUUGGCAACUUGCUCUUAUAAUCCUGGUUUUGAUGCCUCUAUUAGGAGUAACUGGUUAUGCUCAAGUCAAGUUCUUGAAAGGAUUCAGUGCAGAUGCAAAGAAAAUGUAUGAGGACGCAAGUCAAGUAGCCAAUGAUGCAGUGGGAAGUAUUCGAACAAUUGCUUCCUUUUGUGCUGAAGAGAAGGUGAUUGAAUUGUACCAGAAGAAAUGUGAAGGCCCUAUUAAGACAGGGAUAAGACGAGGGUUAUUCAGCGGGAUAGGUUUUGGGCUCUCGUUCUUUUUUCUUUUUUCUGUGUAUGCCUGCAGUUUUUAUGCUGGAGCCCGACUUGUUGCAGCAGGCAAGACAACAUUCUCUGAUGUUUUCCGGGUAAGUUUUUAUGCCUUGCGCUACAAGUCUUCAAGUAGGUAAAUAGAUUAGAAAACAUUAGCAGAGGAUCCGAACUCUG